AUGGAUCCCGACAAACCAGCGCCUUUGUACUACGAGGUUUCUCCUUUAAAGGUACGAAUGCUGAAAUUAAUUGGUCUGCUAUAUUGUAUUAUAAGAUUAUGUUUGGAUUUUGAACUUAUACCAGUGUGGGAUCUUUCAGUUUAAAAGCUUCUAGUGCAUCGUGCAAGACGUUUCCUACAAUGAGAGAAGAUGCUGAGCAAAGCAGUCCCUCUGAGAUAUUUUUUUCUCCACGCUCGUUUUGUGUUUUAGUCUUGCUCUUACUCAUUUUUUGCUUUGACUUCCCAACGGAUGCACUUUACUCAAAUCUAUGAAAUUUUGAUUUUAGUUGUAUUAACACGAAGAAACAUGUAUAAGUCCAGCUGGCUCGUAAUUUACUUCCUGUAUGCAAGAAUUUUCGAUUUUCGGUCACAUUUCCCACCCCCUACCCCCUUCCCUCUCUCUCCUCCACUCUCCCUUUGCUGUACACUGUAAGGAGUGUCCAGGCUCUGUCUCAUAGUGGCAUUCUUUUCAGUGGAGUGUACAAAACUAGACUUCAUGCUCAGACAAAUAAUGAAAAUCAAACAUAUGAAUGCAUAAUAAUUAAGGUUGGAUGUGUCUAUUCUUAUCAGCCCCCUAGAGACCAGCCAUGGAUCUUGGCAGUUGGGGUUGUAUUCAGUUAACUCCUUUUUUGAGGGUGACUUGUAAGCAGAGUAGCUUAUUCAGUUCUUGUAAGAUCUUGUCUUAAAUACAAGCUCUGCAGUGGGGAUAUUAUGCACGAUUGUGACUCACUAUGCAUGAUAUCAUAGUCGUAAGAAAAAAAUACAAAUUUUCAUCUGUCAUCUUUUUACUCUUGACGUGGCAAAGCAAAUAAAUGUUUAAUUUCUCUCUACUUGCAGAAGUUAAUGUUAAGGGCUCUUGCUAUGUCCACAGGAAUAACUGUUGUGGUAUGUAUACUAUGAUUUUGAUUGCACCAUAGUAGUUUAAGUUUCUGAAAUUCUUUAAAAAUGUUCACUGAGCCUUAAGAAGACAAGUGGAACAUUUUAUUGUGUUCUUGGGCAAUGAAGUUAACCCUUUAACCCCUAAAAGUGACCAACAUCUAAUUUCUCCUCAGAACAUCUCUCCUAAAUCAAACACUAAGGUCAUGAGAAUAAAGGAAAUGAUCACCAACUAAAGAAGCUCUUGAUUGUUGAACAAAUUCUCCUCAUCAGAACCCCAGGAAAUGUCUAUGGAGUAGUAUGGAGAAUAUGCAUACUGAUCUUAGGGAAUAAAGGAUUAACCUACACAAUGCCUCUCUCCACGUAGGAGUGUUAGUGGUAAUUGGUGACAUGUCAAGGAAUUGUGACAAGAUUCUUAGGGGGGGGGGGUUGGAACCUUGUGAUAGACUGGCAUCCUGUUCAGGGUGGAGCGUGAUACUCCUACACACUUCAUGAGUUGCAUUGUAACUUUUGCUACAAUUGGUUUUAAACCUCAUUACUUGUGAACUGAUGAGAGAAAUGUCUUUGUUUAAACAGAUUACUCUGAUCAUUAGCUUUGUGAAAGCCUCUCAGGAUUCCAUGAAUUACCUUAUAGUUGUUAAUAUGCUAAGUGAGUAUAAUUUAACAUGAACAUGGUUAGUUGCACACAUGUCUUAACCCUUAAACUCCCAAGAUCUGAUUGUUAAUUCUCCCCUAUAGCUGCUACAUAUUUCCUUGUAAAUUAGUUCUGAGAAUUUGGUGUUAGAUCAAGAUAACAACUUCUACCUGAUAAGGUUGAGUAUUCUCAACACCUGUUUGCUGGAUAUUGUAGGGAUAUUGUAGGGAGAAGUUACAGGUUAAUCACUUCUGGGAGUUAAAGGGUUUUCUGGUUCUCACAUAUGAUCUAUUGAAGGACAUACACACAUGACAUUGCUUUUGACAAAAUUUUGCUUCAUUUUCAAAUUGAUCGCAUAUUAUUUGUAUGCUUGUUCAGUAACAGAUCAGAGAAGAUACAACUGUUGUAAAAAUUUGCUCAGACCAUGAAGGACUUUUUUUUUUACCACAUUUUUAUGUCAUCUGCAAUCUAUCACUGAACAGACAACUGGCAACAUGGAAUUUAUUUGUUACUUUGAUGGUACAUGAUUAUGCAGUUGUUAUUAUUUUGUAGUAUACAAUUAUGCAUCUGUUGCCUGAUGGCCUCUUCAGUUUAGGGGAAAAAACUUACCAGCCACUCGUGACGAUACUGUAAAGUUGUAUAUCUUUUAUACUUAAGUUUUAGCUGUAAUUACAGUGUCAUUUGCUAAAACUUACUAGAAGACUCUUUUUUAAAUCCUAACCUCAUUUGUCAAAUGGCGAGAAUUACAUCAGAGUCAGAUAUAGGGUUCUAUACUUUUAUGAGGCUACUGUAAAUGUGGGUACAAAUGACUGAUACAACUGAUGUAUGUCUCAUCACAGUUUUAAGCCGGAAAACUGUUAAAAAUUCAAAUAAAAUAUGCAAAUGAGCAAACAACAUCAUUAACAAAACUCUACUGAAGGAUUUUCUCUGGCAUCUCCUCAUUGCGGUGAAAUAUAGGGAAGGGGGGGGGGGGUAUGAACCACAGGAUAUGCAUCUAUUUUGCGAUUUACUGUAUUACCUGAAAUUCUCUUUGCUUAUAAACGCAUAAAUCAUUGUUUUUCAGUAAGCAGAAUAAGUAGUUACAGUCCCUGAAUCAUAAACAAAUUACUGUGAGUGUUUUUGAUGACAUCUACAAUUACAAUUCCUAUGUAUUUUAUCAUAUCCUAACCAUCAUGCAGCAAAUAAAAUUUGAGCUAUGAACACACAAAACUAGAAGUUUUUAUCAGCUUAUUAAAAUAAUAACACGUAUUUCCUUUUCUUGUUUUACAGUUAGUAGUGUGAUUGGAGGCAUUAUUGUAAGUACUUCACCUCAGUCUUGAUCUGAUGAUCUAACCUUGUCACUAAUUUUAAUUAUAAAAUUAUUUUUAACUAUAUGCAAGAAUUUAUAUCUUUUUUGGGUGUGGAGAACUGCAAGAAACUAAAUGUUCAAAUUAUCUUUGUAGUGAAAUUAAGCAGGGUUUUUUUUGUUCACAUUAAUUAAUGGAUGUAAAUAUAUUUUUUUUUCUCUAGACUUGGUGGUAUCACAAAGGAAUUAUUGUGAGUAAACAAUUAUUUUGUUUAUUUGGAUUUAAUUGGUUUUGAGUCGACAUUUAACACUACAAAAUUAAUAUACACAUUAACCCUUUAACCCUUUUAGUCCCAAGAUCUGAUCCAUAAUUCUCCCCUCUAGCUUCUAAAUGUUUCCUUGUAAUUUAGUUAAGAGAAUUUGGUGUUUGAUCAAGAUAACAACUUCUACCUGAUAAGUUUCAGUGAUUCUCAUGGACCGUUUGCUCAAAUACUUAUGGAUAUCAUAAGGAUAAGUUACAUGUUAGCCACUUCUAGGGGUUAACUCUUUAUCUUAAUGUUACACCAAAUUCUGGCAACUAAUUUACAGGGAAUUGUGUAGCAGCAAAGGCCAGAAUUGGAUGGUUUUAGGAGUUUUCUGACACAACUUCUUGAAGGAUGUGCAGCAACUUCCUAAAGCAUUUGCUGUAGUGGAGCAUCUGACUGAUAAAUCAGAACUGGCUGAAGUUCGAAUCUUCAGAAUGUUGAAUCAAAGUUUUCUUUGUUCCCUUCUGAAGACCAAGAAUUCUGACAUCUAUCUUAUUUUUUUCCAUUUUCCAGGAAGCCAAGAAGAUAACUUUUAUGGCAUUUGUAGGCAUUUGUAUCAUUUUCCAGGCUAUUAUCUCGGAUAUAUAUGUCUACCACAAGAGGGCCAAAAUCCCGGGAACGACAGUGGCUCCACUGACACCCACCACUUUACAUGCCAGCAGUAUUAUUCCGCCAACAACCUCAUGAAUGCAGAGAAGUGAAAAAGGAUAUUUCCAGAUCAAAUGCCUUUAAUGUUUAUCUAUUUAGUGGCUCAUGAGAGGCACACAGUGGAACCCUGUUAACUUAGACUCAGCUAACUCAAACCCCUUGAUUUUCCUUGCCUGAAUCCCUGGUAACUCCAACCAUUUGAGUGACAGGUUAUGACAUUUCAGGCGCCUGUGUUUUUUUUAAUGAUACUAUUAUAUUCGCUGUUUUCUUUGAGACAGUCGAUCUGAUGAAAUAAAUGAUCAUGUUUCACCUGUGUUACCGGUUUGAUAGGCUUUUUCUCCCUCUUGAAAGCUGAGCUCAAUCAAGUUUUUUGCGCACUACAUUAUCCCAGAAUUGUUAAUCGUCAAACAGUAAUGGAUGUACACGUAGAUGAAAUAAAAGUGAGACAUGCUAAGAAAUGCAAUAAGCUUCAAAAGGCUUCCUUGGUGUUGUCGGUAGUAUUUGCAAUUUCAACAAUCGCGCUGUUCCUCAGAAUGAAGAUAAAAAUAGGUUGAUUAGCCAAUUUUAUUUUUAGAAUACUAAGCCCAAGCUUGUACAGAGGUUAACUUGACAAUCAAGACAGGUUCUAAGAAAGAUUACGAGGGAAGGAUGACGUUCCUAUCAGGUCUGCAAGUCUCCGUAAACCGAUGAACGCUCGCGUACUCGCUUCAAACUUGUAAGGUUUCGUUCUUUGAUGAACAGAAACACGAAAACUGAAAGGAAUAUGGACACUUCAGUUUUAGACGG